GUUUCCGUAGUGUUUUUCUCUUAAUCCGGAAGUAGAUCCAUCGCCCGGCGACGUAAAAAUGGCGGAGACGAAGGAGGAGGUUGAAGUCUUGGUCCAGAGAGUUGUCAAAGACAUCAGUAGCGCGUUCAAAAGGCACCCCAACAUUGAUGAGAUUGGCCUGAUCCAGUGUCCAGAGGCUCGCUACAACCGCAGCCCCAUUGUGCUGGUGGAGAACAAGCUGGGUGUUGAGAGUUGGUGUGUCAAGUUUCUGCUGCCAUAUGUCCACAACAAGCUGCUCUUCUACCGCCAGCGAAAACACUGGCUAGACAGUGAAGCUUUAGUGGACAUUACUUGCACUCUUUUGCUGCUCAAUCCAGACUUCACCACUGCCUGGAAUGUCAGGAAGGAGCUGGUACAGUGUGGUGUUCUUAAUCCAGAAAGAGACCUUUACCUGAGCAAGCUGGCCCUCACCAAAUUUCCCAAAAGCCCUGAGACAUGGAUACACAGACGCUGGGUGUUGCAGCACAUCCUGCAUCAGUUUUCUGCUCUGGUUCACAAGACUCAGCAGCAGGUUGAAGCAGAGCAGCCUGAUGCAGAAAGGACACAGCUUUUGAGUAAUCAUCGGGACAGAUUAAUUCACCAAGAGAUGAAGGUGUGCUCCGAUGCUGCUUGCCGCUAUCCUAGUAAUUAUAACGCCUGGUCCCACCGCAUCUGGGUAGUGCAGCACAUGGCCAAGGGCAACAUAAAGGUUUUCCAUGAUGAGCUGUCAUCUGUGCACCUGUGGGUGUCCAUGCACGUUUCUGACCACAGUGGGUUUCAUUACCGCCAGUUCCUUCUCAAGGAGUUAAUCACUGAACUGAGCCAGUCUCUGUCUUCUGCUUCUGCUAGCACAAUCUUUUGUUCAUCCCAGCACCAUUGCAGCAUCGUCCCCAGGAGCAUUCCUCAGGCUAAUGGUGAGCUGCCAUUGGCUGAUUCAGCCAGUGGAGAUAGGCUCACUACAGUUCUUGAGCUUUUUUACCAGGAAACUGAACUGUGCUCAGACCUAAUUCGGUCCUUCCCUGGACAUGAAACACUCUGGAGUCACAGGCGGCAUGUGUACUACUUAUGGCACCAGUGGAAAAAGGAUCACCAGCCCUGUAGUGAUGGCAGAGAGAGCAAGUUAAAGCUCCUUGGUAGCAGUGACCUAGGAGGCAUCAAGCAAACAUGUGUCAGCCAGGGGGAGAGUGUGGAAAGAAGUAGGCAUGUUAGUGGACCUAUGGAGGUGGAUGUGGCGUCCUUGCCUGACCAUGACAGCAAGCGUCUAAGGAGAGGAAUCCUUCUGCCCUGCCUUCUGACCCUACAAAACGAACACAUCUUUGUCAACAGUAUACUGAACAGUUGCUCUAACCCUGAGCAGAAGAACUUUGCUCUGGCGUACAAAAACUGGUUAGAUACCGUUAUUAGUGUAUAGAUCUAGGCCCAUACCUUCAUCACUGAAGUGGCCUUUAGUUAAAGAUUUAGGAAUAAUUUACUUACCCAUAGUACUAAAUAAAAUGAAGUGUACAUCAACAUGGAGUGACUUUCUGGUGUAGUCAUCAUACAUUGUACCAUCAGAAGGUAGUGUGCAGGAUGAUUUUUGGAUGCUGUUCCUCAGAACUCCCAUUUGAGAGGGAUCCGAGCCACGGAAAUCUACCUACACAGAGCCUGUUGGUGUACCAUGUGUCUGGCAGCAAAUGGUCUUCUUUCUUCAUGUGUUUCAAUGCCUUUGGUCAAAUUUCUGUUGUCCUCUGUCUUCAUAUGUGUAAUCAAAAACGACCUGAAGUUAUUAGUGUAGCAGAAUAAAGCCAGGAGAAAGUGGAAGAAGAGUAAUCAGUCUUAACAGUCAUUGGACUUGGUGUGAAAUUCCAAAAUAGCCAAACACUACUUAAAAGCAAAAUAACAAUACAAUGAAUUGUUCAUCAAUCCCUUUUUUCAGUUUGUGUUUCUCAUGUUAAAGAGCAGAUUACUGGAAACAAUAUCUGGAUUUUUUUUUUUUGUGCAAUGUCUGUAUUUUAACUUAUUUAGAUCUGAUAAAUAUUGCAGACAUUUUUUCUACCUUGAAACCUAAUAAGCUCAUGUCACAUAAUUUUACAAAUGUAUGUACGAUAUAUUCUUCAAUUUGUUUUGUAAUAGUGGUAAACCAAAUGACAAAGUAAAAAAUUUACAAUAAAGGUUUACCCUCUUGUAGUUUUA